AUUGUGACUGAGGACAAGGUUGCAGACAGAACCAGAGUCCAGUUUUUUGAAAGAGACGAGAACAAAACUACAAAGAACCAGGGUCCAACUUUUUACCAAAACUAAACAAAACCUGCAGGCGAUGGCAGAACGCAAGAACCAGAUCGUGUGCAAGGUCAAGAUCCAAAGCGUCAGCGUCCGCGCCACGCACAGCCCCGCAGCCCAGGGCGCCGUCCAGCAGCAGCAGCAGCAGCAGCCGGAGACGUCGCCACCGCCGCCUUCUCCUCCUGCUCCUCCGCGGAAAUCGGCGCCCUCGCCCACCCUCGAAAUCUCCAAAACUAUGUCGAGCAAGAAGCUGUUCGAGGACCUCUCGGGCAGAGGCAAAGCCAUCGGAGUCCUGACCAGCGGCGGCGAUGCUCAGGGUAUGAAUGCCGCAGUCCGUGCAGUGGUACGCAUGGGGAUCUAUGUUGAAGCAAAAGUGUAUUUUGUCUAUGAGGGAUACCAAGGUAUGGUUGAUGGGGGUGAAAAUAUUGUUGAAGUUACAUGGGAGAGUGUUUCAAGUAUCCUCCAAGUGGGGGGGACUGUUAUUGGCAGCGCUCGCUGUAAAGCUUUUCGGACUCGCGAAGGUCGUUUGAAAGCAGCCUGCAAUCUGGUGAAACGUGGAAUCACAAACCUUUGUGUGAUUGGGGGAGAUGGCAGCUUAACCGGUGCUAAUCUCUUUCGGGGAGAGUGGAAUGGCCUGUUAGAGGAGUUGGCAAGAAAUGGUGAGAUUGAAGAAGAAGCUGUAAAGAACUAUGCUUACCUCAACAUAGUGGGAAUGGUUGGGUCCAUUGACAAUGAUUUCUGUGGGACAGACAUGACUAUUGGCACAGAUUCUGCCCUGCAUAGAAUCAUUGAAGUUGUGGAUGCCAUCAUGACUACUGCUCAAAGCCAUCAGAGGACCUUCGUCCUAGAAGUGAUGGGAAGACACUGUGGGUAUCUGGCACUUGUUAGUGCUUUAGCCUGCGGUGCAGACUAUGUAUUUAUCCCUGAAUAUCCACCUGAGGAAGGAUGGGAAGAUCACAUGUGUGCUAGGCUUUCUGAGAACCGUGCCCGAAAGAAAAGGUUGAAUAUUAUAAUUGUGUCAGAAGGAGCAAUUGAUUCCUUCAACAAGGCUAUCACUUCUGAACAAGUUAAGGAUCUUGUAGUGAAGCGGUUGGGGUUUGACACACGGGUAACCAUCCUUGGCCAUGUGCAACGAGGAGGCACACCCUCUGCUUUUGAUCGGAUUUUGGCCAGCCGUAUGGGAGUAGAGGCUGUCCUUGCCCUUCUGGAAGCCACCCCUGAAACACCUGCUUGUGUGGUGACCUUAUCCGGGAACCAGGCUGUCCGCCUGCCUUUAAUGGAGUGUGUUCAAAUGACUCAAGAUGUACAGAAAGCUAUGGACGAAAGAAGAUUCAAAGAUGCAGUAGAACUCCGCGGAAGGAGUUUUACCAACAACUUGAAUACCUACAAGCUCCUGUCUAACAAAAAGCCAGAAGACGAACUACCUAAGAGCAAUUUUACUGUCGCUAUCCUAAAUGUGGGUGCUCCAGCGGCUGGGAUGAAUGCUGCUGUCCGUUCUGCAGUGAGACUUGGAAUCACUGAAGGACACAAAAUGUUAGCUGUCACUGAUGGCUUUGAAGGCUUUUCUAGAGGGCAGAUUAAAGAAAUCAAGUGGGGAGAUGUUGGAGGUUGGACUGGCCAAGGAGGAUCAAUACUUGGCACCAAACGUACACUUCCUGGAAAGUAUUUGGAGAAGAUUGCAGAACACAUGCAUGCUUAUAACAUCAAUGCCCUUCUUGUCAUUGGUGGCUUUGAGGCAUACCUGGGACUCUUGGAGCUUUCUUCAGCCCGGGAGAAAUAUGAAGCGUUCUGUAUCCCCAUGGUUAUGGUUCCUGCAACCGUAUCCAACAAUGUACCUGGUUCUGAUUUCAGCAUUGGUGCAGAUACUGCUCUGAACACUAUCACUGAUGCCUUUGAGAGCUGCUUGAUGCUAGCUGAAGCCCGGGCCCGCUAUGAGGAAUUUUGCAUCCCAAUUUGUGUCUUGCCUGCAACUAUUAGCAAUAACGUCCCAGGCACUGACUUAAGUAUUGGUGCUGACACUUCCUUGAAUGCUAUUGUUGAGACCUGUGACCGAAUCAAGCUAUCGGCAAGUGGGACGAAACGACGCGUGUUCAUCAUUGAGACCAUGGGAGGCUACUGUGGCUACUUGGCUAACAUGGGGGCUUUGGCUGCAGGUGCAGAUGCUGCUUAUAUUUUUGAAGAAAAAUUUGACAUUCGGGAGCUACAGGCCAAUGUGGAACAUCUCACCCAAAAGAUGAAAACCAACAUCCAGAGAGGUUUGGUACUCAGGAAUGAAAAUAGUAGCGAGAACUACACAACUGACUUCAUUUAUCAGCUCUAUUCGGAAGAAGGCAAAGGGGUCUUUGAUUGUCGAAAGAAUGUGCUGGGUCAUAUGCAGCAGGGUGGUGCUCCUUCUCCAUUUGAUAGAAACUUUGGGACAAAAAUAGCAGCAAAAGCUGUGCUGUGGAUCUCAAAGCAACUGAAACAAAGCUACCGAAGAGGAAAGGUGUUUGCCAAUACUCCAGAAACUGUGUGCCUUCUAGGAAUGCGUAAGAGAAACCUGGACUUCCAGCCGGUGAUCAAGUUACAGGAUGAAACAGACUUUGUGCACCGAAUUGCUAAGGAACAGUGGUGGCUAAAAUUGCGUCCUCUGAUGAAGAUCCUGGCCAAAUACAAGGCCAGCUAUGAUAUUUCCGAUUCAGGCCAGCUAGAGCAUGUGGUGAGACCAACGGCAUCUGAAGCUUGAGUCUGCAACGCCAGGAUGUCCCUAAGUGGAACUUUUUUCUCCAUUGUGCAUCAACAAUGCUUUAGAAUAUGUGUUACAGCUUCUUUUUGUAACAUGUAAGUUAUUGUACCAGCACUUUACGUGGGAAACAAAAACUUCACCAUAUUAUCUGUUCCUGUUAUUUUUAGGCUUCAUCUACAGAGUGGGACACUCCAGCGCCUAACAUAACAAAGAAAACCCAGUUACCAAUGUGUUCCUUAUGAAUAAUCUGUCCAAAACCUGUUCUAUGCACUCAGUGUGAUGCUGUUUGUCUUUUGCACUUUUACCAGAUAGUGUUUACACUCAGCAUAGUUUUAUGUAAUAAAUAUUGAAAGACAUAUAUGUGAUCCAGCCAUAAUAAAUACUGCAUUAUCAUA